AUGAGCAGCAAAGGCCCAGCGAACGGAAAUGGCGACAGCAGCAGCACGGCGACAGCGAGUGAUAACCAGAUAUUGGGUGAGCUCGGCCAAAAGAAACUGUGUGACAUCCUGGCGAGCGACUUCAAAGUCGUUCCCACACAACGACGUAUGGUCACGCCGCAGGUGUCUGAACUGCCUGAGAACUUGCCUGAGUUGAUCGUGAAGCCUCGAGAUCUGAUAGCGCAAAUAUCCGAGGAGCUGGAUGGCUUACUUCGCGAGAUUGCAGAAAAGAACUCAGAGAAUGAAUAUGAGACUGUGGUGGAAGUGUAUGGCGGCGUUGCAAGAUCGGUGAUUGCACACGACUUCAAAAUCCAAGAUCUGCGGGUAGUCCCUACGGACUUGGACCUCCGCUUCUACAUCGGCACGCUAGACUUCGACAAGUGCAGAGACGUGGUGGAGAAAGCUAUCAUAGAGGCAUACACAACGUGGUUUGAAAGCAGAUCAGUACAACCGCCCUCAAAGGACCUGUCGACGAUUGUUCGAAGCUUUUACUUUCAGAAGCAGGUGGUCGUGGGAUCGUUCAGUCUGCUCUCUAUCGGCGAUCCGACAACAGGCAGGAACCUUGACUUGGAGUUCUGUCGCGGGACUCCUUCGGAGAUCAAGCAAACGCGGUCUUUCUUCGAUCACGCCAACGCCUUCGUGAUCAAUCUCCCUUCUCCGGCUCAGUAUGGUUGGCAACAUGCGAUGUAUGGGAAGAAGACGAAGUUUGCAAUAGUGCCGCGAUCGCUGGCGACGAAGUUUGAGGAUGCGUUGGCAACGAUCGCGCAUCGCAAACUAAAUGUCCAUGAUCCCAAGGUGGUGGUCAACGGUCUUUUGCUCUAUGCGCAUGCGAUCUGCGACAAGGGACUGGUCCCCAACAGCUGGGAGGACGAGCAGCGGUACGGCAAAAUCUUCGUCCAGACCUUCUUGGAGCACAUCAACAAGCUGAGGAACAACCACGAGGAUCCGCUGCGGUUCGUCAAGAGCUUUCUUCGCUCUCACUACCCUGCGGCUCCCCUGAGCGCUCUUGCUUGCUUGGUACAGAUUCUGAUCUUGGUACGGGCGUAUGCACCCUCGUCAAAAGAAGAGAAUCAGGGGGAAGUGAGCGUUCAGUUCGCCGUGCUGGUGGCUGAUCAGUUCCAGGCCCUGUGCGGGGCCGGCACAGUUGUGCAACAGGAGCUGCAGAGCGUGAUUCUUGUUCCAGAUCUCAACUGUGCGACGGAGAUUGCAGAGUGUGCGGGAUGUGCCGGUCAGAACACCAUCACCGACGUGCAGCGAUGGAUCUUGCGGGACUGGAAGCCGUCGUCGGGGAGAGAGAUCAGCAUCUUGAUGCCUACGAGCUUUCAGACAGACAACGGCUGGGAGACCGUUCCGCUAGCGGUAGCUCAGAGGCUGGAGCAGUAUCAUCAGCAGGGGUACCCGCUGAUGCAGACUGUGCCGUGGGUAGUGCGGAGGAUGCUGAGGGCGUUGACGUCCACGUCUUGCCCGGAGCUUGGGCGCCGGAAGCUCCGGGGACGUGGCUGCACGACGUUGAAGGUGGAGUUUGCAAACCAGGAGCGCAACAAGCCAGACGAGGAAUGCAACAGCACCUCAAGUAACAGCGAAGAAGAAGAAGCCGAGAACCAAGCGAGCCUCAAGAAGUCGCCAAGCCUCGAGCGGAAAACUCCACAGAAAGUAACGACGCCCAAAGCUUCUCCGGGAAACAAAGCGAGACCGAUGGGCAAGUAUGUUCCGCCAUCAAGACGAUGA